AUGACUGAAAUACCCAAGACAACUAGAAUAAUAUCACAACAUUAAUAAAAUAUUCCAAAACAAAACGCUAUUUGUAGUAUCCAAUUAUUAAAUGAUAAUGAAGAUCAGUUUAAAGAAGAUCAGAACACACAAUAGCAACUCACUGAUAACAUUUAUAAUUUUUAAUCUGUUUCAAAUGCUUUUAUAUUUUAAUAAAAUGAAAAAACUGAACACUUAUUUGAUUCAAUUAGGUAGGAUUCUAAUUCUACUAAUCAGUCUUUUAAAAAUUUGAAUGAGACAUAGAGACAAAUCAUAAUCUAAACUCUUCUAUAAAGUUAAAAGAACCCUUAAGAAAGCAAAGUCCUUUUAUAAAUCAUUCAGUCUCUUCCAGCUUUUAGAGAAAACAAAAUUUAAAAUGAAAAAUUAAUAGAUAGCUUUUUUUUUGAGAACAUCGAACUGAUUUCAUUAUCAAAGGGGUCUUGUGUAUUUAAUUUUGGUGAUUAAAGUGAUGGAUAUUAUACAUUAUUAGAAGGUUUUUGCUAUGUCACAAUCCCCAAAGAAAAGAUUAAGAAACACCUAGAAAAAUUAAAUGAGAAUAAGUUUAAAGAUGAAAACCUGAGAAGAGCUUAUAAAGUACUUAGUUAAUCCGACUUUUAAAGCAUCUAAGAAUAUUUUAAGUUUCCUGCUUUAAAACACAUCACAAACCAAGUAACUAUAAAAAUUUUAGAUGCUGGCUCAAGCUUUGGAGAAAUUUCAAUGCUUUUUGGUAAAAAAAGAACAGCUUCAGUAAUUUGUGGAAGCGAGUGCAAAAUUAUGAAAAUAUCGAAAAAGAAUUUUGAAAAAUUAGUUGAUAAAGAGGAGCAAAUUACUGUUUUAAAUCAGAGACUCGAAUUCUUAUCUCAAAUAUCUUUUUUAAAUGAUCUACCCAAAAUAAUAAUUUUAACUUUGAUUUAAGAAUCAGAAAUAUUAAAUCUCUAAAGAGGAGCUAAUAUAUAUAAGUAAGGAGAUAAAGCUGAUUCAGUCUAUGUGAUUUAGGAAGGAACAAUAUAGAUAUGCAAGAAAAUCCCUAACUAAGUUGCUGAAAAAGAGAGGCAAAAGCAAUAGAGCAGCUUAUAUAACUAGCCAGAUAUUAAAUUAAAAUAAUAAAGUUAAAAGGAUGCUCAAUAAAUAAGUAGAUCUAAUACUUUAAAUAGGUAUGAAAAGUCAUCUUACUAAAUUUAGUAGACUGAAAUGUAGCCUAUAGUAUUAUUAGAUAAAGGCUAAUACUUUGGAGAGGAUCAAGUUUUUAGUCCUGAGUAAAUUAGAAAUAGCUAAGCUUAAGUAUAGUCUCCUUAAGCAGUAGUGAUUGGAAUUAAAAUGAAUAUUUUAGUGCCCAUAUUGAUUGAAUACAACUGCUUAGAUGUUUUAUUUAAAGAACUAGACUUGAAAUAGUAAUUUAAUUCUAGGAGAUAAUAGUUAAUUUAAACAUAAAAUUAGAAGCAAAGCUAAAAGAAAAUAAAAUUACAAUCUAAUUUAGAUAUGAUAUAGUAGGUUUAACAAUCAUUGAUGAGUAACAGAGAUUUUUUUAGUAGAUCUAUAAAUACUAUUAAUUAAUAAGAUUCUCUUUAAAAUAUAUAGCAAGAAAGCUAAAAUUUCAUUUUAUCAUAAAAAAGAAUACUUAGUCCAAUGACUUCUCCUAAAUCUUGCAGGUUUGAUUCUUAAAAAACCAAUCUAAACUUUGAAAUGAAAUUGGAUAAACGUUUUUCAUAGCAAAAUUAAAAUUAAUCACCAAAACUAUAGAAAAAAUAAAUAAAGUAGGAUAAAAAUGAUUCUCAUGUUAAAUCUGGAACAACUAUCUAAAAAAUAAAUAUUGAAAGAGACAUUGACUAAAAUUAAGAGAUCCAUCUUUAUAAUGCGAAAGAAUAAAUAGAUUAAUAAAAUAAUGUUUCAAAGUAUCAAACUAAAAAAAUAAAUAAAAUUGAUUAAGUUAGUAGCAAAAAUAAGUCUUCAAGUGAAAUGUGCUUAGAUGGUAAAAAAAUAAAUGAUCAUUUUUUAUUUUAAAUCAAAAGUGCUUAGUUUGGAACACAAGCAACUAAUACAACAUUAAAUACCAUUCCUUCAUAAAACAAUAUCAAUAUCGCUUUGAUUAACUCUAACCCAAAUAAUUAAAAUUCUUUAAAAUAAAGCCAUUUAGUUAAAACAGAUUUUGAAAUUGUACAAAGCAGAGAAUUUGAUGACAUGAAGUCACCUAAAAACAAUAAUAUAAUUCAGAAAAUAGAUUUCGAUUUCUUAAAAUAAUAAUAUAUGUAACUAUCAACCUUGACAAAACUAAAGUAGAUUAAAUAAGAGCACAUCAAAAGAAAAGAUCAUUUUAGGUAACUUCAAGAAAGUAGUUAGAAACAAACGAUAAAUAUUUAAUAAGAACAAUUAGAUUCUUAAGGCUCAUCUCCACUUCCACUUCCCUUGAAUAAACAAUAAUUAAAAAAAAAUUAAUAAAUUAAACCUAAACUAGACUUGUUGAAUUAUUUAUAUGAAAGAGGAAUUGAGACUGAAAGAAUCGUUUAUAAAGAAAGGAGAAAUCCUUAAACAGAUCGUUCACCUUCUGAUUAAAACUAAAUAAAAUUAACUUUAUCAAAAGAAUAAUUUUUUUAGAAAGAAAAUGCUUAAAAUAGCCUAAUGUCUCAACUAACAAGUGGACUUAAUAAAUAUAUAAAGACUGAUUAAAAAAUUACAGAAAAUAAUUAAUAAGCAUUAAAAGUAAUCCCAGCUAUUUACAUUGAAGAUUCUUUAAACCUGAAAAUAACUAAUCAAUAAAACUGUAAAACUAAUACAAUAAAUUCUAUAGAAAAUGAUAAAUCUUCACUUAAUCUUACAAAUCGCACACUAAGAUCCUAGAAUUUAUAACCAUUAAGUAAAUAAAAUUCAAGUAGCAUUAAUUUGCACACUCUCAACCUACCUAAAAUAUCUUUCCAAUAGAAGCCAUAUAUACGAAUGAAAUAAUUUUCUCUUCAUCACAUUAAUAAAACUUCAGAAUAAAAUUGA